AACCAUCAAGACUCCUCGAAUUAAGGCAUUGAUGGAGAUUCAAUUGAGUGUGCCCUUACUGAAAGGACUCGCUUAACCACACCAUUGGUUACGGCACGCAUUCACCGCGAACGACACUUCACGAAAAGUUGAAGCACCGUUCCAUUGACCCGAGCCCUUGCUGCCGGGCUCCUAGCUGCGGAAAGUAGUACUGUGCCUCUCCCAAGCAUGCAACGUUGCAGCUGUGACCGUCUAUUGUCCAGUCGUCUGGAUUCAACGUCUCACACUGGAGCAUUACAUGGCGAGGACGUGCACCCACACACAAUCUGUGCUCUGCUGUUGCUACGGCGUGCGCGUCGUAUUGGAACACCAUCACUCUUGACCGAUCACUGUCAUCACUCCGAGUUCGAGACUUUCUGCCGUGCAGUAAGUCGAUUCUGCCUACAGGCCUUGCAUCGGUGUCUAGCAUUGCUCUUGUCUCAAGUCCUGCUUGGUUCCAUGUCAGCCCGAGAUGGAGAAUGCAGAAGGCGUAUGCACCGUCGCGAAACUCGAAACUUUCCGGUGCCCAUCCUGCAUCUCCCAAUCAUGAUUUACCAAGGUUAGGUACAAUACAUCCUUCGAACACUGCAUCGUGAACCCCAUCGAACAUGGCGCUCACUCAAACACAUGCGAGGCGGAUGCAACGGAACUCAACAAACGCCAAUGGCUUUCCGAUCGAUGCGAGGGAGAAUUUGCAACCAUCGUAGCUUCUUCCACGAGU